UACCAGUCUCAUUACUGCAGGAGCGGGAUACAGGUCCUCUUGGGCUUCUUAUCUAAACUCUUAGGGGCGAGGGAUCAAACAACUACCUGACACGUGGUGUACGGUCUCAACACGCGCGGGGAGGAACUGGAGGUACAGCUGGCUACGGUGAAGGAGACGGAGGAGAGUCUUAGGACAGCCAACACAGAACUCCAGCACCGCGCCAACCACUACAAGACCAAGUAUGAAUCCGAGAUUGGGAAACUGCGGGAGAUGGAGGCCCAAGCAGGACAAGUUCACUAUUGGAAAAUGGAGUGUGAAAACCUCAAGAGACGGCUGGAGCUAGAGGGCGGCAUUAUGGGCGGCCCAGACGCGCGGGCGGCAGUAGCGGCCGCCCGGGAGGACACUGACAGAGCACUCAGGAGGGAGAAGGCCAUCUCUUACGACCUGGAGCAGGCGAGGCAGGCCAUCACCAACCUCAAGGGUCACCACGACUUCAUCAUGAGGGAACGUGACGCUCAGCAGGCCAUGGAACAGGAGAAGAUGGAACUGGAGUGGCAGACGAGGAUGGCAGAGAUUGAAAACAGGUACAAGGGUCAGGUGCGGAGGGCGACGGAUGACCUAGAGGUAAUGAAAGCGGAGUGUGAGAUCCUGAGGCGGCGGAUGACGGAAUCUGGCGACGGUGAACUGGCCUUACGAGACCAGAUGAUGGCCAUGGAGAGGGACCACGACCGACAGAGACGAGAGUGGGAGCUGAAGCUCCAGCUGAAAGAGCAAGAGGCGCAGGAGGAGGGCCGCCGGUACAGCCAGGAGAGACGGGAGUAUGAAGUGAGGAUCAGAAACUUGCAUGAGGAGAAGAGGAUCUGUGAGGAGGACUGGGAGGAGAGACUAAGGGGAGAGCGGCGAGAACUGGAGAGCCGACUGAAGGAGGCGACAGACAAGCGGGAGUUGAUGGAGCGGCUGAUUGAAGAUAAGGAGGAGGAAUUCGAGGCUAGACUUAGGGCCAAGGUGGUUGAAUGGAAGUCCGAGUGGGACUCCGUCGAGGGAGGACUCAAGGACGAGAUCAGGAAAUUCAAAAACGAGAACGAUUGCCUGAAGAGUGACGUUGCGGUGUUCAAAAGCCGCUUGGAUCGUUCGGGUAUCGAGUACGAGAUGAGGAUCCAGGAGUUGGAGGAAGAACUUCAGAACAAGAACAACGAACACGACAACAAGACUCGCAGCCUCAAGAUUAGACUCUCCACCAUUGAAUCCGUCAACAAGCAGCAGGGACAGGAGAAGAACGAGGCUGAGAGAAAAAUGAGAGAAGAGAAGGAGAAGUUCAAACAGCUGGUGAGAGACUUCGAGUUAAUACAGAAAGUGAAGGGCGAGUUGGAACAGAGGAUGAAGCAGUUAACAGACUCAGAACGGCAACUGCAGGAGAGAACGUUAACGCUGAGUAUGGAGAACGACGAGGUGAAGGGAGAGUUGGAGGAAGCCAAGAACAAGUUACGAGCUAAGGAGAAGGAGUGGUUGACCAAGGUGGAGACGGAGAGCAAGACGACGGAGGCCAGGACGAAGCAACGGAUAGAGAAGACCUGGCUGGAGAAACUCAGGAGAACCGAGGAGAACUCAGCCCAGGAUAUGGAGAGGCUGAAGGAAGCCCACAGGAGGAGUGAGGGUGACCUGAGGAAGGAACUGGCCCUGUCCAAGCGAACCGAGGAGGAGGCCAAGCGACUCAACGAAGAAUUUAAGAAGAAGGUCCGGACGCUGCGGCAAUCAGAGACAGAUGCAGCCCACAAGAUCAGUGAACUGGAGGAUAAGGUGGAGAGUAUGAAGAGGCGAGAGAACUGCAACGCCAACCA